UUGAAGUAGAGGAGCAAAAUCUGUGAGUAAUGACUAGAAAUUUUCAGUGCAAGCAUGAACAAGUGCACAUGACUAGUGGUAGGUAGUUAACAGAACUCAAACCUCGCAGUGGAGUGCACACUAACUUGUUUCAAAAAAUUAUUUAUUACAUUGAUAACUGUCUUGUUGAGGGCUGCAAUAAAAGUAAGCAUGGGACUCAUAGGAAUACCAAGGCUUUAGUCUAUCAUUUCAAAUUAAAGAUGGCUAGUGCAGAUAACUCGUGUAGCUUUGAGCAACAUUCAACAAAAACAAACGUCAUUCUGAUUGUGGCCAAUUUUUAACACUUUACCUCUCUUUACGUUUGUGCACAUAAUUCGUUUGUGGUUGUGAUUGUCAGUAACAGUUAAUUAAACAAGAAAAUAUUGCAUCUCCAACAUUUCUUUGAUAACUGUUUAUGAAAGAGUUGUUAUAUUUUUGAGAUUUGAAAACUGCUGUGCUAAAUAACAAUUUAUACUAAUUAUUAAAAUAACAGCCAAGAUGACAGAUAGCAAUGACCGAAGAAUAAUAAUUCAGUAAGUAGAUGUGAAGAAGGGGGUAAUUAACAAAAAUGAAAUGAGUAACUCAAAAUUUGUUUAAUCGUAAAGAAAACCUAUAAGAUGCUUUCCCUGAUGUUCAUCGUUAUGUCCUUGCACUCUUGUCACAUGACUACUCCCAAAAACCAGGUUAUAAAAGAAAAAUCACACUGUCAAAAAAUGUAUAAAAUAACAUGACCCAAUCUUAAUUUGACUAGUUUAACUUUUCCAUUGUAACAAAAGAGCAAAAUUUUCAUUUAUUUUUAAAUUUAUCUGAUUCUUUCAGAAAGUGCCAUUAUUAAAAACUCAUCAUUAUGUUGUUUCACAUCAUCUUUACCAUAUCACCUUGCCCUUCCAAACUUGUGUCUCCGUUGAGUUGUAAGAAUAAGCCACUUCUCCCUAAAUUUUGAGUCCAGGUGUUAUAAUAUGUAUAUUCAAUAAAGUAACGGAUGUAUAGUUGUUUCCAUCUUUCAUCAGAUCUAUUACAUAUUUUACAGUGUCAUCAAUAAAGGUGAAAGAGUAAAUUUUAUAUCCCAUCAAAUAACGUUUACACGUGAUGUGUUGUCUCCAACUCUGAAUAAUAGGAAAUGUCUCAAGGAGAGAACCUGGAACAUCGAUUUUCGGGAAGUUUUGAUUCCUUUUAUGAUCAUGACUUCACAGCAGAAAUCAAUACAAAAAUGACAGUCCCUCAGAAAAUUAGUUUCAUGGAGGAGCCUCUCACCACUGUCAAUCAACCAGUUACAGUAGAUGACCCAAAAAAUCUUUUUAUGCAUGUUCCUGAAAGGAUACUAGUUGUAGGAGGUAAUCACCAUGUGGAAGGAAGAGAACCUUUCCCUGAAAUGAAUAUUGAGUGCAGUUUUCUGGAUGAACAAAAGUCUGAUGUCCAUCUAAACACUCCUCCGCAUACCUUGACCUUAGGGGAACAUCACUUUCCUACCAUAUUUGAGGAGGAGUCGGGUGGAACUCAACAGAAAAAUCAUAAUGGACAAAUAGAUAUAGAUAUUUUCCCAAAGAAAUUAGCCCACUCCAGAUUUCAUCUACCCUUUUCACAACCAUCUGAUGGACUAGCAAUAAAAGAAACCGAAGAAGAAGUUGCUCUUCUUCGUAACCAAGUUCGUCACUUGAGUCGCCGCAUGCUUGCAGUUGAACAGGAGAACCAACAGAAACAGCAAAGAGAAAUUAUUUUAUAUGCAAUGAGUGCACUGUAUUUUCUGUUAAAAGGAAUACUGUGGCUCCAUCGACAUUGGUGAUUUGUUUAUUUUGUAAAUUGUCUUCUAAUCUGAAUACUUGUAGUAUACCAGUGUUCUUAAACCAGAGCAGCAGAAACCAAAACUACAGCUAAGCGUUACACUCUAGAAGCCAGUAUUGACAGAUUACAGUAGUAUCAGUUUUUAAUGCUGAACAUUUUAUGAAGGAAGGAAAGGAAAGGUUGUUUUAAGUGUUUUAUAAGAUUUAAGUCUUUCUUCAUAUUUUUAGCCUAAACAAGUGUUUUGUUGUAUCAAAAUCAAAUAGAGAUAGAGGCAAUGUUAGUGUACAUUAUAAUAGAUGGUGUGUUGUUUAGGUUUAAAAAAAAAGAUGGUUUGAAUUUAUGAGUUGUCUUUAAAUUUGUACAUAAGCUACAAAAUAGUUCCGUCAAAUGUGUAAUGUUGGACUACCUUUUGUUUAUAUUGUAAAUGUGCAAGAAUGUUACUUAUAAAUUAAUUGUAGAGGUUCAUCUCCAAUAGAUAAAACAUGACUGGAAAUUAUUCAUGUUCACACAAUUGAAAGAGGUAUAUUGUUACUGAAUAAAAGACUGAUGAAAUCUGAUCAUAAAA